GCUAUAUUCUACCUUCCGGUCUGAAGUUAAGAUUGUCUUUGGUACUCACUACUCAGCAGCGGGAACAAGCGAGUUCGAAGGCUCCUACUAUGGAGGUCGUCGGCGACCUCUACUCCGUCAAUUCAAGUGGCUGGAACUCAGAUGCAGUCCGGAUCAACGAGGUGAAGGCAUGGCUGACCGCCCAGUUUGAAGCCGCCGGGAGAGAGGUGCCGGAGUUCGAGUAUACCCCCCGCAGUGUGGCCCAGCUUCAUGCCCUUGCCACUCUCUCGCAGUCCCGAUCGCGUGCUGCCUCCAUUGUUGCCGAUGACCUCCGUCUCAAAGCGACCGAAUAUCGCGCCCAGGCCGCUAGGAUCCGCGAGAUUCUCGAUAGCGCCGGCCUCUCCCAGGAGCGCCUCACCCCGGACGCAGUCUCCUCAGUCCAGGUUGUUGCCAGCGUCGCCAAUUUGCUCAACAUUCGCGAUACCGAGUCCAGCAGUUUUGUUGUUGCAAUGGGGGAUUUGUCGCUGAGGAAGGCGGAUGUGGAUGAGAAGAGGGCGAAGGUGCAGAAGGAUUCCAAGGCUCUUUUGGAGUACACUCGCAAGGCGAUUGCAAAGCUCAAUGAUCUCAAGAAAACCUUCAUAAAGUUUGACAAUGAAAUUGACGUUCAUGUGGCUCAAGUUGAACACUGGCAGAGGAACAUGACGAUCAUGGAUUCGAAAGAAAGACAGUACAUACUCCAACUCAAUAAUUACAAGGCUUUGUUGAAUCGUGUAGGCUACACUUCAGAAAUCAAUCAUGGCGUGCUUAUGGAAAUGGCUGAGCAUAAAAAGGACUUGGAGAAGAAGACUAAGCCAAUUUUGGAUACAUUAAGGAGCUAUCAAGACUUACCUCCUGAUAAGGCUCUUGCUGCUUUGGCUAUUGAAGAUAAGAAACGGCAAUAUGCAGCUGCUGAAAAGUACCUUGAAGAAGUCCUACAUUCUGCUCUAACUACACCAGAACUCUGAGGUUUUGUUUGUAUUGAAUUUUAUUUAGCAUUCAGGGAAAGAUUGAAUGUGGAGGGAUGGGAUAUUCUUAAACAUGCUUAUGCUUGGAGUAUUUAUAACUUUAGUUUGCUUGAGAUUUGGUUUGGUGUUUCUUGAGAUUUGUCUUGUAAACAGUGGGCUUUUAAAGUUGUAUGCUUGGCUAUAUUAUAGUAAUACAACCUAAUUAAUUUUCCCAUAUAA